GCUCCUGCUUCUCCUCUGAAGGGAAUGCAGCUGCUCCCCAGCCAUGCUGGGCUGCCCUGUGCCAGGUGGAGACGUCCCUGGUAGUUGGAUUUAGAGGGGACCAAGACUUCCUGCAGCGUGAGAGGGGGGCCCAGCCCUGCCUCCCCCCCCCCCUCCCAGCCCACUCAGGAUGCUGGCCGGCUGGAGAGAGCUCUCUGCAGGGAUUGGUGCCACGCUUUGCUGCCUCCUCUUCUUCUGGCUCUUGUAUUCUCAUCCACCUAAGGAAGGGAAGGAGCUGGAGGUGGGGACGUGUGAGAUUACGGCACUGAACAGAGACCUUAGCCACCCCAGGAGGAUGAUCGCCUGGCAGACAGCACGCUGUGCCUGCAGGAGAGGCCAAGUCGCAGGCACAACGAAGGCAAAACCUGCCUGUGUGGAUGCUCAGCUCAUUGCCAGUAAGCAGUGGUGCGGGAUGGAGCCCUGUGACGAAGGGGAGCAGUGCACUUUGUUAAUAAAUCGUUCAGGCUGGAGCUGCACUAGACGACUGGGACGAAUAAAAACCGUCACAGUCUCCUGACAGCAGCAGCUGACAGCCCGAGCCUGGUGCCUCCACUCCUGGCUGCCGCAGCAGUACAAAUACCACUGCCCUGGGGUAAGGGGCCAGCUCCUCUGUCCGCAUCCCCGUGGGUCAGUCUCCUUGCAGCAGGGCCUGGCAAGUCUCUGCUCUGCAGCCCACACGCUGGACACAGAACCGCUUGGGCAGGGUGUCUCGCUCUGUUGCUGGCUGGGAUGAUGCCAAACAGCUGGAAAGACGUGUUGGGUUUAUCCCUAUCUAAUGGAUUUCUGUCAUCCGGAGGGGUUUUAACUGAAAUGCAUCUUUCUGCAAAUCUUUUCAUUGUGAACAGAGGGAGCAGCCCCUUGGCACCCAGAGGGUUAAAGAGUGGACAUAUUUGCUGCAGCUGGCUCACUAGGGAGCAGCCCAGGCUGUGAGACUCAAGGAGAGAUGGACACAGGCUGACGUUUAACCACAACGGAGCUGAGGGUUAGGGAUGUCUGUCCACCACCUUGAAGUAAACUCUCUUUUGUAUUUCUCCUCCCCACCCAAUCUCCAGAGAGUGAGAGGAUGCAGAGGGGACAGCACCGGAGAGAAGGUGCUAAGGUCAUCUCAUCUCUACCCCACUGGUUCACCUUCAGCCCUUUAGAGAGUCCCCUGAGGUUGUGGGGUUGUCUGAGCCAAGCCCACACCCCACACUCAGCAGCACAGGUUCCCCACAGGCUGCUGAGUUGUUCCAUAGGGAAAGACUGAUUCGAUGAGUUUCUCUUUCCUUUCCAUUUGCAACUUGUCCAUCAGCAGCUCACAAUUUCCCCAGGUUUAUUCAGCGGCUCAGAACAAAUGGCCAAAUUAUUCCUACGGAUAAAUUCUCAGCCUGUCGCCCACUUGCAGUCAAUUCAUCACUGGGUGGGUGGGGAAAAAAUAAUCUUUCAAUUGAGUCAUGUUCAUUUGUUUUGAUUGGUCCUAUGGUGGUGUUUUGGGGCUUUGACUGGGCCAGCAUCGCUCUUGGGAGGAGAUUACAUGUUCCAAAUUGGGGUCCCACGAGUGCCCUCCACCUUCCCGCUGACGUCACUGGUAUGAAACGCUGGCUAGGAGAUUCCCAGAGGGCGGCGGGGGUUCAGUUUUUUGUCAGUGGAGUAUAGUCUGGGGAGGUAUUCGCCGUGUGCAUGGGCAGGAGGGAGAGAGAGGGUGGAGUGAGGACGUGCUGAGACCCUGAGCUGCUGGGUUGUUUGCCUCACACUGGUCUGAUCCCACAGUGGAAGUAAGAGGAAGGUCAGGGGAGCUGGCCAGGGUGCUGGGGAAGCACUCAGGGCUCGAUGUUGCAGCCUUGUCUAGACCAGGAUUUAGGAGGCAUUGGCUAACUUGUGUUCACGGCCUGGUGCAGACAAGGCAGGGUGCCUUUAACACACGUUGCAUGGCUCAUGUUAAAGCCUGGGUCAAGGCACCAGUGUAACACAUUAAAAGCACAUUGCCUUGACCACACCAGGCUGUUAACACCUUCCAAAUCCUUGUCUGACAAGGCCUGAGAGGUGCUGAGUGCCUACAACCCACUCUGAAGCUAAUGGGAGCUGAAGGUGCUUGGCACCUCUCAGGAUCAGGCCUUUUCUGCUGCAUAGAGAGCGCUUUAUGGUGGUCAGAACUACACAGCUGAAGAAGAGAAGGUCCAUGCCCUGAAGAGCUUAUCCUUAGAGAGGCACCUGAGCCAAAGCUGUGCGUGCAGACAUCCCCAAGCUGUGGACAAGUUUGGAUCUCAGAGCCUUGCAUGUCCUUCUCCAAGGUACCAAGAGGUACAGAGCCAUCAACACACAUGAAAUACAUCUGGUCACUAGUGCAGAGAGGCCCUGCAGAACAGCUGGGUCUGCAUGGGAAGGAGGAGGCCCAUAGGAAAGGUCACUUGCAAUUCAAGAGGACAGCAUGGCAGAAGGCAGAGAGCAGGCCAAGGGGAGACUGAGCAAGACCAACAUGGAUCAAAGUUCACAGGAGUCCUUGAGGCACUGAUUUAAACUAGGAGAGGCUUGAUCCCUGCUGCUGGGGUGUCUCUGAAUGCUAGACAGUGGGCAGCAUUGUCCAAGAGGGGUCUCACUCUGUGCCCCAAUACUGAGAGUCAACAGGCAGCUGGCUGGUGAUUUACAGCAUUUUUCUAUCCUGGUUCCAAGAGUGGCUUUGUAGUUGGGGAUUGCAGGCUGGGCCAUGGGCUGGGUUCCACUUUUCAUUCCCUGCAGCCCAGGGGUGACCUGGCCCAGUCCUCUCUCACUUGGCAUAAAGAGCUGGCUGCUGCUAGGGGGAAGAUCCCUGUCCUUAGCAAGUCCCACUCCAUCAUCUUGAAAAUAUUAACAGGGGUCCUUCUCCUCCCCCACCAUCUCAUUGUGAGUGGGACUCUGAUCCAUGGAAUUUUUUCCACUGUAAUAAGUUUCCAAAAAACUUGUGAUGUCAACAACGUAAGGAAAUAAAAUUCUAACUUUAUUAAUCAAA